AAAUGGUGGGAAUCUUUCUUCAUGAUCUUCUUCCACUGACCACUGUGCAAACCAUCCCAUACCGCCACCUCUCUUUCUCUCUCUCGGCCUCGCCCUACUACUAGUACUAUCCCUACUAGCUUAGGCUUAGGCUGCUACUCCUUUUUAUGGUCUCACCUCAGCAGCUUUGUCUUUUCAUCAAUCUUUUCCUACCUACAGAUCUCUCACUCCAGAAGAGAACAAAUUUGCUCAGCGUCAGCUAGCAUGUGUUCAACAACAUGAACAAUAAUAAUAAUAUAUCUAUGGGAUUUUCAUGUGGAAGUCAUUAUUAUGAUGGAGAAGAACCUGAAGUUCCUCUGAUAAAUGAAACAAAGAGGUGUGCUGCUAUGGAUGUUCAAGUUCAUAAUGAGCUUCAUGAAGGUGAAGUAGAACUAUUUGACUUUGAAUUCUGGCCCAUUGAACAUCCUUCAGAGCCGCCCGAUGAGGAUCACCCUCUGAAAUGCCCAAUGCCGGACUCUUCUGUCAUCAAUAUUGAUAUAGUCUCAUGUAAAAUAAAUUUACAGGAUGGAGGAACAGGAAGGGUUUCUGAGAGCAACUAUAACAGCUCAAUGCCGCGUAAGAGAUCAGAAGUUUCUUCUGCUGCAUUUAUGGAUGAGAUGGUAGAUCAGCCUCCUGUUCCGGUUCCUGUUCCGGUUCGAGCAGUGCGGAAGAGGCAUCACACUCUCACCCGCGGCGGGGGUGACCAUAUCAUAUCCCCUCUGAGGAGAAUGCCGCCCCAUCCGCCUCGCCCUCUACCGGCUCAGAGCAUCACCGUCUUUCAAAUGCUUCAGCAGCUGGACAAGUCUUGAUCGAAAAUGGUUCACGUCACUUGUCUUGCUCUUUUCAAGUGUGUUAUUGAUUAUCGAGUGAGAUGAGGAAAAUGGUCAAUUACAUAUAUUGUAGCUGGUAUAGAAAGAUGCAGGACGAACUCUUUUGUAAUUUCAUUGCCUAUUUCAGCUUCUGUUUCUGAAUAUUGAGCUGUGUGUUUUUUACGAACGA